GAACUUAGCAAUCUCGAGGUUCUCUGUGACGAUUUGCCUUCACUACUCGCUUGAAUAAUUAUUGCUCCUGUGUCUCAAGUCAUUGGUCCUUGUGAAAUUCCCAUAUUCAUUCCUCUACCUCAUUCUCAUUGACUUCGAUCUGAAACCCCCCACCUUCCAACCAAAACCCAGCAAAGGGACCGGUCAGGUCUCAGGAGGUACAUUCCGCUUCUCCUUUUUCUUGUCUCCCAACCAGGUGUUUGCCGUGGGCGACCGUGCAUUGGACUGAACCGCCUAUCGACGUGGCAUUCCAACUCUUGUACAAGUGGUGCGACUGAUCGCAUACCUACAUAAUCCCUGAACCAAUAAUCCCUUUUAUACCCCCGGUCCUGUCAUACGUACCUCAACCAUGCUUCAAAACGCCGACCAUACCUCGACUACUGCCACGUCCGUCAUCAACGCCCCGAGCUCGCCCUCUACAAUUUCCCCGACCGAGCGAAAAGGAUCGUCUCAGCCUUGCAAUGAUCCUCAGGUAUCCCAUCAGGAAGUUUCCGCGACUUCGUUAGUACAGAACUCGCAUGCAGCCCUGUCGGAGAAACCGUCUCUUCCAAACCACUCUUUCCACCGACGUGCCAAUACUGAGGUUUUUGUUCGACGACAGUCACAUUUGCCGGCCCGACAACUCUUUGCAGACCAGUCCAAGACACUGGAAGAUCUCGACAACAGGGAUAGACCCUCGAUUCCGCUAACGGAGAAUCUCACAAGGAGGAAACUAGAGGAAGGUGCGAAGCUAUUCACGGGCUGGUUUCAGGGCAAGUCUGAACCAGUUAAUCUGGGGGUGAUGUCUCAGUCAGAGUCUACAGGAACGUCAACGAUGGACGCUCGCGAUCUCUAUGGAUCCCCUAAGGUCCCCACAUCGCGAGCACAGAAGCGUAUGACCGCUCCUUCACCUCUAAAGCAGGUAACCUCAUCGAGUCCUUUUUCUUUCUUUGGGUUGAAGCGCCAGGAACCCAAAAUGGAGCUCCCUGAGCCUGCAGAUGAUGAAUUUCUGAAUUUGGACAUUGCUGCUGCUCUAUUCCCAGCCACAGCUACUAGUUUCAGCGAACAGGAGGCUUUCGAUACCUUGAGGAACAACGCGGAGAACGUCAUCAAAAGGUUGCAGGCGGCCUAUAAGCAAAGAACGUUCGCCUUACAUGAGGCACUAGCCGACAAGAAUGAGAAACAGGAAGAGUUAGAAGAGACCCGGACCCGAGUUGGAAACCUAAAGAUACAGCUGGAUGGCAUGGCAGAGAAGGUAAACCAACAAGAAAAGGCUAUGAAUGCCAUGGCGGAGGAGCUGGAGCAGGAAAGACAAUUGCGCCAGAGAGAAGAUGAAGCGCGCUUGCGCAGUAUCAGACUCAUCAGGUCUAGUGAUGAUGAGAGCAUUUCCGACCUGGGCGCUGACCUUCAAACUCCCACGCGGAGCAUGAAGCGUGCUAGCAAUGCCACAUACGCCAGCGAUUCGGGCUUUGACUCGGGGGACGAAAGCCUCGCAGAAAGCGUAUUUUCGCGCCGGGAAGGCCUCGAAUCACCGGCUUCCACGGUAGCUCCUUCUCCAAGCAUCUCUCAUAUCACAUUGCCCGCACCGGUAUCAACCCCUUUGAAAGAGAAAGAACUCAAACCCCUCCCACAAACACCUACACCACGGCAAUCGGCAUAUGACCGAGUGCUCAAAGGUAUUACUAGCUCGUGGACGACUAACUCCAAAUGUGGGAUCUGCCACGGAGUUCCUUCCUCUGAAGCUUGGAGCGUCCUGGGAAUUUUAAAGGAAGAAAAUAAGGGCCUGAAGGAGCGACUAGGUGAACUCGAAAUAGUCAUCGAUGACUGCCUGAGUAUGGUUGGACCUUGAGCCUAGUUUAUCUUCGCAGUGAGCUUCCUUGUUUCUCAUGGAACCAUACAGCAUUCCAGAUGUGAAGAUAUGAACGGUUGUUCUUGAACGGCUCUGGCUACGAUGAAGACGCGUGAUAUUUUCCUUUCCUUUGUUUGUCCAAAACCUCCCUGAAUGAAUUGUUAUUAUAUACCAUGAUACCUAUCCGCCUGAACCGUUUAUAUUAGAUAGAUAAUGGAAUCUACUAGAUAUUUUGAAAUAUUGUCUGGAA